AUGAUUAGAGACAAGAUGGACAUAGAAGCUGUGAUUGUGGCACCUUCAAGGGAGCUUGGAAUGCAGAUUGUCAGAGAAGUUGAGAGAAGCUUCUUGGACCUGAAGAUAAGAGAUUGGUGCAACAACUUGGAGAAGAUACGCCAAGCUCUUAAAAGGAAGAGGCUCUUAAAAAGAACAAGCCAUCCAUUAUCAUUGGAACACCUGGGCGGAUUGCGGAAAUCAGUGCAGGCGGAGGAUAUGCAUCGUAUAAUUCAGCAUGUCAGUAGGAGAUCUGGUGCAGGUCUGCCUGAAGCAAAUGGUCCUACAACUAGGCGAGCUGAUCGUCAGACUCUCAUGGUGUCUGCAACGGUGCCAUUUUCAGUGAUUAGGGCAACUAGGAGUUGGGGAUGUGAUCCACUUCCUGUCCAAGCCAAAAAUGUUAUUCCACUUGAAUCUGUUGCUCCCCGUGCACUGUUAAUCUGUUAG